AACCCUUGAUUUAAUUCGUAGUUUCUUUUUUAAUUUCUGAGCGGAUCGGGAAUGUCGGCCGGUUUUUAAUUGAAAAGCGUUAAGAUUGACAUGAUUACAGUUCGGACAGGCAAAAUAAGUUUACAUAGGGAUAAUGCCAAGGAUACGUAAAGGAUGGAUGUUAUCCGCUACAUGUGCUACGAAAGAGAAAGAAAAUGUAGGUAUAUGAAGGCGGGGCCUUUCAUUGGACUUAAAGUAAUAAAGAUGACUAUUUUGAAAACUCACUCAGUUUGACAGCGUACUUAGACAAGAAAGCACUUGAUGGAAGUGUUUUGCUUAUAGAGUGUGUAAAGGUAUUAUAGUGAGUGCGCGUGUUUUCCAUUGAUUUGCGUCCUCAUAGAGACAUCGCAUGUAAGUGAUCUAAAAGAAAAAUGGCUUUAGAAGAUCGAUUCAGUCCAAAUGCAGCCGCAAUCAGUCCGAAUAGCGACAAUUCCUUAAACUCCCCUAAUUCGCCGGAGUCAACACGCACUUCCCCUUACACCUGCACAACAAUCCCUCACAUCAACGAUAACGCACGUUUAAAACCAACAAAUCAAAAUGCCGAAACCGAAAAACCAUUCUUUCGCAUUACUUCCUACGCCUUAUCUAGUCCAAGCUACGAUUAUAAUCGAAAAUCAGAAAAACGUACAAAGGAACAACCCGAGCCCACAAUACAGCAUUUAAAAUACUCGAUUCGAAACAUCCUCCAACCGGAUUUUGGCAGAAACGCUCUACAAAAAACAAACUCCGGCAAGAUCCACUUUAAACCCUACGAGAAAACGGAAAGGAAAGUCGCGCCAUUGGGGAGCUUAUGUCAGACGGUCUCGCAAAUCGGCAAAACUCACCCUCGGGUCGAGAUACCCGUCAAGCCCAAAAGUCCGCCGCCAACUAAGAGCCAAAGCCAAGAUGAAACCAAACACGAAGACAGCAAGUUGCCUACCUUAUGGCCGGCUUGGGUUUAUUGCACCAGAUACUCGGACAGACCCAGCUCAGGACCGAGGUCUCGUCGCACGAAAAAGGUUACAAAGGCGGUGGAAGAAAAGCGGCCGCGUACCGCGUUUUCCGGCGCGCAGUUGGCGAGAUUGAAGCACGAGUUUACGGAGAAUCGCUACCUCACCGAAAAAAGGCGGCAGCAGUUAAGUCAGGAGCUCGGUCUUAAUGAGGCGCAGAUUAAGAUUUGGUUUCAAAAUAAAAGGGCGAAAAUUAAAAAGUCGACGGGGGAGAAACAUCCGCUCGCUUUGCAGCUUAUGGCGCAAGGGUUGUACAACCACUCCACGGUGCCCUGCGACGAGGAUGAAAUGCCGUUAAGUCCCUGAACGACGAAAGCUUCCCAUUUUUGCUAUUUGUACGAGUGCGUACAAACCAAAGCUCCUUUAGUUUCAAUUUAGUUGAGAUUCACUCUGGUAUUUGUACAACGAACUAAGCUUAUUUAUUGUAGUUCAUAUACGAGCUAGCCUUUAAUGUUUAGUAAUAAUUAUGGAAUUAAAUAGACUGAUAGACCUUAUAUUAGUAGAAUGAUGUGCAAUGUUCAAUUAACGAAUUACGUUGUAUAGUUAAUGGUAGGAUGCAUUUAAAUAAACAAUUGAUGUAUG